CUACACGUUACCGUGACCCUUUUUGCGCAGUAAUGGCCGUCCCUCGUGGUGGUGAAUGAGAAUUCUUGACUCCCGAAUCAUGUAAAGAAACGCAGUUUGCUCUCAAUUAACACCAUGACGAACAUACGUUAAGCACAAAAUAAACCAAAGAGCAGCAAGCCGACAGUCUUGCUUGAAAGAAUGCCUUCUUCGAACAUCAAACGCAAGAAAAAGCCGGGACCCACCAACUCUCCGACUCCAAACGGAGGUAGUGGAAAUUACACUGAAACGGCAAUGGACGAGUUUCUGGCCCGCUUGAACUUGUACAGAAAGCCGAUCGCGAAAGAUGGCUCCUGUCUUUUUAGAGCAGUGUCUGAGCAAGUCUACAACUGUCAAGCCAAACAUCUCCAAGUUCGUAAGGAUUGCAUAGACUUCAUGCGAAGAAACAGGGAAAAGUUUGAAGCGUUUUUAGAAGGUCCAUUUGAUCAUCACUUAUUCAGACUACAAAAUCCAAAGGAAUGGGCAGGGCAAGUUGAAAUAAGUGCGCUUUCACUGAUGUAUAAGAAAGACUUUGUUGUCUAUCAAGACAUCAAUGCAGAACCCACCAAGGUGACUGACAACAAUUUCAAAGACAAGAUUCUGCUUUGCUAUUCAAAUGGAAACCAUUAUGAUGCCGUUUAUGACACUAAAUUCCAGAAGAUGGCAGCCAUGUGCCAAUCUCUGGUGUAUGAGCUCUUGUACCAGAAUGUGUUUGGAGAGCUUGACAGAAAAUGUGGCUCCAGGCAGAAUUCUCCUGGUGAUGUGAACAACAUGGGGACAGCAAACUUCUAUCAGAAUGGCCUUGGAGAUGAAGAUUCUUUCAAAGAAGAUGGAGAAGACAACACUGGUUGGACGGAGGUUGUUAGAGGAAAAAGUAAAGCAAAAUCUGCUCGGCAGAACAGAGGUUAUGACCAAGAAGAAGUCAGGGAAGAACUGGCAAAACCAAACUUGAAUCAGAAACAUGGAUGGCAAGCAAAGAGAUCUCUGGAUAAUGAACUGUACCGGAACGUUGAACUGGAAGUAUGGGAGGAUUUAAAGAAUGUUCAAGAACAGCAGGAUCAAUAUUUAGCAGCAAGUAUCCAGUACCAGCCAGGAGACAAAUGCUUUGCCUGGUUGGGGCAACCAGAGGAUUCAAACAGAGUCUAUGAAGCCAUUGUCAUCUAUUACCUCCCAAUCCAGGGAAGAAUUGAGGUGAAGAUUCCAGAGCUUCAAAAUAAAUGGUAGGCAAUUUUACAUUUAUUCUCAUCUUUUACUUAAUUUUGAUA